CGAUCACGGACUGUUCUCUCUUUGUGAAUAAUGCCACCCAUUUCAGGCCUUUGAUUUUGGGCUAGCUGAUUUUUCUUCUCAGAAUGUUGUUUGUCAAUGUGGGGAUGUGCAUUCCAUAGGUUGGACAAUACCUAAACAAAUUGCUGCUGCACCUUUUUGCUGUAAGAGCUAAGAAGUAGUUCGCCUUGUGAAGCUACAUCUUCAGUUUGGCAGUAAACGGCAAUGGAUUAUGAUGACCUUGAUGACCUCUUGGAAGAAUGUGAGAACGAAGUAGAUUCCUGGCCAGCGGAGAAACCACCCCAGAGAAAUAACAUUGCCACAACUGCUGCUGCUUCAACUGAUGUCGGACCUACAAGUUCCUUGGUAAACUAUACUGAACUUCCAGCGACUCCAGAAAGCGACGUAGGUGUAGCUGAAGAAAGUCACGAACCGAGAGCAGAGGGGACGCAUCCCGACGUUGGCAAUGAAGAGCCAUGCAAGCCCAGUGUUUCAUCAACGUCUAUUGAGUCAUGCAAGCCCAGUGUUUCAUCGACGUCUAUUGCAUCGUCCACCUCUGAGAAUAAUCCAGACGUCCAACGUGGAUCUCUAUCAGCUAGCAAACGAAAACCCUCCUUCGCGGUAGCAUCGAAAGCGAAGGCAGCAAAAACGCCGGACUCCGCUGCCAAACGAGCACCGAAGUUUGGCACGUCAAAGGCCACUCCAGCUGCGGUCAAAGCUGUGGCCGCUACUGCAAGCAAACCAUCUGAAGGGACCAACAGGCGACUGCCCGAUGAAGCGAAGUCAAAAACAGAGCCUGCAUCCGCCAAAGCAAAUUCUCCAGCUGAGCUUAGCAAGAGAGGUGACACGAAUAAAACCAUCGACGAUGCAACUGAACCAUCUUCACCUGUUGUGAGUCCUGAGAGCAAUGACGGGAGCAAUGAAUCUACACCGGCUGUCAUUCCGCCCACAGUCAACAAAAGUACCAAGCCAUCAUUUAGUGUCAAGCAGCGACCUCAGGUUUCGGCUGCUACUAGCAAGAGCCAGCAACCAUCCAAACAGCUACCAACAGCAAAACCUAAGAAGAGCAGUGACGGGAAAGCGGAGAAGCUGAACUCACAAAGGAAGAAUGAUAGUGCAAAAUCGACGAAGAAGGAAGAGCUGAAAGCUGCCCGGGUUGCUAAGUUGGAAGAGAAGAAUAAAGCCAAAGAAGGAAGGCUGCAAAAGAAAGCAGAAAAACUCCAGCAUAAGCAAGAAAGAGCUAUGCUGCAGGAAGAGAAAAAGAAGAAUGCCGAAGAGAAAAAGAAGAAUGCUGAAGAGAAGAAGCAAAUGAAAGCAGACAAGCGCUAUAGCAAAGCUGGCAAAAUGGCUGUUGAGCGCAGGAGAAACAUGGCAGACCGGGAUCACAAUCAUACUGUAGAUAGUCAAGCCUCACCAGAUGAUCCAGUCACUACUGAGGUCGAGUUGCAAGCUCCCAAAAAUACAAUAGCGGAUGAAGGGGAUGACACUGGUGUUGAUGACAGCGAUACUGGCAGUGUCACUUCACUGGAGAAAGUUGUUCAAAGUCUGAAGGAGACCGAUGUCUGCUUCUCAGAUAUUGAGUCCCUCGGCGAUGCUGAACAGCCCGACACUACUGACGCUGUUGAAACAGUUAACAUCACAAUACAUCAAGAAAGUGAUGAUGCUGGUGACCUGAGAAGCAUCGCCGAGUCUCUUAGCGUGUACAACUUGGAAGAGGAGUGGAAUGAGGUCUGUAACCGUUGGACGGACGAUGCGCAACCACCAUCGGGGAACAAGAAUAAAGAGAAACGAAAGCGUGUGAAGACAAAGGGAAAGAAAUCACAUCAUAAUGAUGAUGAUGAGUACAGUAUGCCUUCCAUGAUGUCAGGCUUUGAGAACAAUGGAGAGGUGUGGGUCGAGUGCACACUAUGCUCUAAAUGGCGCCGCAUGCAGGGCAAUGUGGAUGCAAGUAGCGUACCUGGUGACUGGCAGUGCAGUAUGAGCAACGAUAGCAAGCGCAACACGUGUGAUAUACCUGAAGAGAACUGGGAUGAGAUGCACGAGUCCUACACAUUUGCUCCCUGCCAUGUCACUCUUGGUAGUGUUGUUUGGGCAAGAGUCAAUGGCUAUCCAUGGUGGCCUGGCUUGGUUGAUGUUGAUCCAGAUUAUGGAUCUUUUGCCAACUUUGAGGACGAUGAUGAUCAUGCCAUUGACAGAAUAUACGAGCCCAAUGCGUUUCAUGUUGUAUUUGGGUUUGACACCGCUCCCACUCGUGCCUGGGUGGACAGAAGUAAUGUCAAGGCCUUCGAUAAGAACAGCAAACCAUCAGACACGGGGCAAAUCAAGCUCACUCAGAAGAAGCAACUGAAGAGAGCUGCUGCAAUAGCAUGUGACUGCCUCACAUACUCCAUAGAUGAUCGACUGGCAAAGUUUGGUCAUGAGGUUUCUAUGAGGUCAAGAUCGAAAAAGCGACGGUCCAGCCAUAAUGCUUCUUUUGACUCAGCCGGCGCCGGCAGUCCAUCGGCAAAGAAAAGUCGCAGCUCUCACUCUGAGGACACUAGCUUCUGCGCAAGUGAAGGAUUUGAGAAUGCUCCGUCUCCUGAAGUGCCUUGGACAGAGAUGGAAGCUCCAGACUCACCUGAAUAUUGAAUGCGUUUCAGAUUGUCCUCUGCGGGGCGCAUGAACUGGAAAGGUAUGUCCAGGUAUUUAUGAUCUCAACAUGUAUAUGUACAAGAGCCAUAAAACAGUAUUGCAUGGCUACCAAAGCGAUAGCAUACUCUACCAAUGCACAUAAAAUAUAUUGCAUCAUUGUUUAGAAACAACACCAUAUUGCACAACUACCAGUCACCAAUUGGUCUUGAUGCAAAGGUUGCAAACAUUCUCUCGUGCAAACUUCCUCUGUGUACCAUUUCUGCUGAAAGGUUGUAAGAGAAAGUAGCUUUUAAAGUGAAAGAGGCGUACUUACAACAGUGAAUGGUAUAAACAGUGCCAACAGAGGGGGGGGGGGGGGCAGAUGGGAGAGUACUAAAGUUAGAGAGACAGUAUCCAGAUUAGUACUCUCUCUACUCUUCGGUUGUCCCUACCCUCACUGCUUGGACAUCUUUAGUUCAAUGCCGUUCACGGUGGUUUAUCUUGUCUUUUUCUUUGCGCCUUGCACCAUAAGCAUUACAGAGAUGAAUUCUGGAGAAUAUGUUUCUGGCACAACCAAUUACCGUUUAUUAUUGGUUAUGAAUUUUAGUGUUUCGCUGAGUUUAUUGACAGUUUCCUUCCACCUAGAGAAUUUUAGCAAUAUCUUCCUUCACCCGAGUAUGCUAGUAUUUAGUUAAUUAACUGUCCAUUUUAGCAAUUAUUAGAUUGUUGACGGAAUCGGUCAAAACACAGUUGUUGAACAUCCCGAGCUCUGCUUUUUACCGUCCUUGCCCGGCACUUUGUCACUAUGAGGCAAACCAUUGAAUGUUUUCAUCACACACUUUUGGAGUACAUUGUAUUAUGGUUCUUUGGUACCCUUCUCACAUUUCAACAAAAGUGUGUGAUGUGCACGUUGCCUGUAAGUAAGGCCGAAUGUUUCUUUGCCAAGUCUAGCCAGGGUAACAGUAUGCCGGUGGUGUUAAUUGAAGCACACUGUAUGUGAUGCA